AUGACAGCCAGAAGAACUGUUAUAUGUGAGCAUGUUCAGAAGGACACAAUGCAGGGUUCUUUCAAGCGUCAAGUUGAAGUUGGUCGUGUUGUUCUCGUCAACGCUGGUGUUGAUGCUGGCAAGUUGGCUGUCAUUGUUAAUAUUGUCGACCACAACCGUGCUCUUAUUGAAGGUCCUACCACUGGUGUUGCUCGUCAGGCCUUUCCCUUCCGUAACAUGGUCUUGACUCCUCUUGUCCUCAAGCAACUUCCCCGCAAUGUUGGUCAAACUGCUCUUAAGAAGGCCAUUGAAAAGAAUGACAUCAUCGGCGCUUGGAACAAGACUGCUUGGGCUAAAAAGAUCGAACAACGUAGCAUUCGUGCUGGUUUGUCCGAUUUUGAUCGCUUCAAAUUAUUGAAGUUAAAGAACCAACGUCGUUUCGCCCUUAAGGCCAAGAAGCAAACUGCUUAA